ACAGCUGUUGGCAGAAAAUGAACAAUUAUUUUAUACUGAUAAAAACCUGCUUAUAUUCUUUAGCACGUUAGACUUUUUAGCCAUUUAAAGCUUAGUACAUAUUUUGCAUGUUUGUCCAUAGAAUAACAAGAUAAAGAUGACGUUAUUUUUCACCUUGCUCGUGUUAUUUGGUGGUACAUCAUUCAUUUCAGGAUCUGGACAACACGUCACGUGCGAGCGAUCAUAUUACAAGCUGGGAUGCUAUCAGGACCGACAGUGGUCCAGGGCUAUGUCUAAACUUCUUAUCAGUGACCGUGUUAAGUCAAGUCAGGGACGAAGUGUCGAUUGGAACAACUGGGAAGAUUACUUGCACGGCCUGGCGUGUCGUUGUGCCCAGGCUGCCUCUCAACAGGGAUACACAAUGUUUGGACUUCAGCACUACGGAGAGUGCUGGUCAGGACCAGAGUCAUGUGACCUGUAUUCUCGACAUGGAGAUUCUCAGCUGUGUAUUGGUAAAAACUACACCAGAUGUGAUAUUAAUGACGAAAGCGAGUGUGUUGGAGAGAGCAACGCCAACUUCGUGUAUCUUUUGCUGGAGGAACCAGAAGAAGAACAUGUCAUUUAAGUAAAAUACAAAACACACUUUGCGGCUUCAAGAGUAUGCAGUUUCUAUUGUACCUUAUAUUAUACUUAGAGAUAAGAUGAUUUUUUAUCAUGUCGAAGUAUCUGAAUAAAAAUAUAACAUAGCCUUUUGCGUAAAGUGUGUCCAUAUGUGUACUUUUUAAAUUUGCAAACUUUAUUCCAUUUUUUUUUUUUGUUGCUGGAGUUAAACAUUUUUGAUCACGUUUUUUUAUGGAAAAGUCGUGAAACUGAACAAAUGUUCACAGUGAGAAAGCAAUGCUAAAUUUCUUUCAUGACGGCUUUCCGAGGUUUAUCGAUGCUUUCUCUGCUAUGAACAAACAAAAACAAUGUACAUAAAACGCUUGCCCGUAUAUGGCGUAUGCUACACUGCCUGAUUACGUCACGAAUUAAAAGCAUGGCCCAGUCUAUCUCGGACAAAUGUUUCUUGGUAGUGAUUUUGCAUCUCCGAUCCGGUAAGACGAUUGUAUUUUAUAACCACGCCACUAGCUAAACAUUUUCAUGGAAUUAUAUU